GGCUGCUCCUCCCAUCGGCCCCACGCGGGUACCUGGCGGCGGCCGCAGCAGCCGGCGGACUGGGGACGGCGCUGCGCGGCGUCACGCAGCUGAGUGGGAGAACCGGCAGGUGACAUCCCGGCUGCCGCCUCCCAUUUUCCAGCUUGGUCGGCGACAGGGGCAGCAAGGGCUGCUGUCAGGAGCUCUGCGCUCGCGCCGCCGUCCGCCCCCGCUGGCUGCUCUCGCGCGCGCCAGGCGCCUUGGCUCCGCUCUCCACGGGGUGAGUGCGGGAACCCACUGUAAGAGCCAGUAAAUCCUGUGGAAAAUGGUCUUCAGUGAUUUUACAUCGAGGACCGUGAGUCUUUAUGAUAAUUGGAUCAAAGAUGCUGAUCCAAGAGUUGAAGACUGGCUUCUCAUGUCCUCGCCUCUACCACAAACCAUCAUCCUGGUACUCUAUGUCUAUUUUGUUACAUCUCUGGGACCAAAGUUAAUGGAGAAUCGAAAGCCCUUUGAACUCAAGAAAGUGAUGAUAACGUACAAUUUUUUCAUAGUACUCUUUUCUGUGUAUAUAUAUUAUGAGUUUGUGAUGUCUGGCUGGGGUACAGGUUAUUCAUUUCGAUGUGAUAUCGUUGACUAUUCCUGGUCGCCUACAGCAUUGAGGAUGGCACGAACCUGCUGGCUUUAUUACAUCUCCAAAUUUAUUGAGCUGUUAGAUACUAUAUUUUUUGUUCUGCGUAAGAAGAAUAGCCAAGUGACUUUUCUGCAUGUCUUUCAUCAUACCGUCAUGCCAUGGACCUGGUGGUUUGGAGUCAAAUUUGCUGCAGGUGGUUUGGGAACAUUCCAUGCCUUGCUAAAUACGGCUGUACAUGUAGUCAUGUAUUCCUACUACGGACUAUGUGCAUUGGGACCAGCCUUCCAGAAAUAUUUGUGGUGGAAAAAAUAUAUGACAUCAUUACAGCUUGUCCAGUUCAUCAUUGUCACCAUCCACAUAGGCCAGUUCUUUUUCAUGGAGGAUUGCAAGUACCAGUUUCCAGUCUUUCUGUACAUUAUUAUGAUUUAUACGUGCAUCUUUCUGCUGCUCUUUCUCCAUUUUUGGUACUGUGCUUACACCAAAGGUCAAAGGCUGCCUAAAUCUGCGAAAAAUGAAAUCUGCAAAUAUAAAGAUCACUGAAAUUCAAGCACUACAUGAAUCUAUGAAUGAGACACAUAUCUUGUCUUCCUUGACAAUCAAGAGAUAGUCCCAUGUGCAGUGCAUUUUGUAUACUUUUCAAAACCAAGAGCUUGUAUUUUUAUGAUAAGUUAUUGGGGUUUCUGAUAUUUGAGAGCACAAAGCUUCCAGAUAGCAGAGUCUUCUGAUAAUUAGAGCCUAAAUCAGCCAGUUUUUUUAGCUGCUUUUAAACCUAAUCCAAAAGUUUUGUUAAUACAUUUUGUUACAAAGGAGGAUAUGAAACAGUACAGUACUUUUCAAAGAAGUUCAGUAUAAAUGAGAAAUAUCUUUAGAUAGUUUGAGCACAGACGGAGAUCCAUGCUGUAAAAUGAAUUCCUUCUGCUAGGUCUGGAAACUUCUAACUGUGAGCUCUUGCUUUGUAGCUUGUUGACUAUAUUCAGAAGACACUGUUCACUUCAGAUUUAAAUUCCCAUUCUAAAUGACUCGAAUUUUUAAUGUUGUCAUUUAAAAUCACUAACAAUAAUUUUUAAUGGCUCUCGAGUAGCUGCCACCAGUUUGGAUGAUAAGAUUUUUUCACAGCCUUUUGUUGUAUGAAAAUGUUUAAAAGUAAUCCUUUCAGUUAGUACAUUGAUGCAGUUGACACUAAGGUUAUGUUAUUAUUUUAAAAACAAGGUGAUUUGUCUGGAUGGCUUAAUGAACAUUUUAUUAUUACUGUUUUAUAAUUAACUUUUUGUAUAUUUCUGGAAAGAGAUGAAUUUGUCAAUGGAAAAAGUACUGUGUAAUUCAGUGGGAAAAAUCUAUUGUCUGUUGUAUUACAGUGUCACUUUCUCAUCUUGUCACAGUUUAAAGGAUUAUUUGGUUAAAUAUAUGUUGGUUAGACAUGUAAAUAUUCAUAUUAUGAGCACACUGCAGGUACCCUUAAAUCCUAUGUGAUUUUAGACUACCCAUCACAUGUUUUCCAUAGAUGCAUUACAGUGGCUUCUGAAGCAGUUGGAGGCAAAUGGUGACACAGAGAUUAUACAUGGAAAAUUAUUUAGUUAUAUAAGGGUCUCUCUCAAUAAAGAAAGAGAGACUGCAUAAUAGUUAUUGUUAGAGAUACACUGCAUGAAAAAUAUUUGCUGAAAUUAUUAAUUAACUAACAGCCUGGAUUGCUUUUUUCCGAUUUAUGAACUGUAUAAUGAAGUACUAAAAUUUGUUUUGCAUAGAUUUCGUUACUUUAAAAUUGCUAUUUCAAAAAUUCUCUUGUUCUCACAUAUUUUUGUUGGAUAACCCAGACUAAUGAUCAAUAGAGUUUUGUGCAAGAAACAGAAAUAUUCAGACAUUUCUGAAUUUUUCCUUAUAGGUUAUUUUUUCCUAUGAUAUUUAUACUUGAUUUUUGAAGGAUUGCUUAUACUUAUAUGACUUUAAAUGAUUAGUACUUAUGGGUCUUGUGUAACACAUAAUGAUACUUGUGCAACAAAGUCUGAGUGUUUACUCACUGUAAACUCCUAUAGUUCUCUGUCUCCCCAUAAUCUAUUAAACUAUACCAUGGCCUUUUCUCUUCACACUUACCAGAUUUAUAAGGUUGUGCCUUUAAGUGACCUUUGAUGACUUCACUUGCUUACAGUAUGAGAAGGUUUAAGAAAUUGCAGGAGGGGAGUAUAUUUGUAUUUUUUCAAAUAAAGGAUAAAGAACAGGGGAAUGGAGCAGAUCUAAUUUAUUUCAUUGAUGGUCUCAGGAUUCCUUAAGUAUUUUCCUGUUUUGGCUCUUCAAAUCCAACCUGUGCUAAAUGAGAAGAUGUGGUAGGUGCUGUUAUAUAUACACACAAUUGCCAAAGACCAAAAAUAAAAGUAGAUAAAACAGGAGAGUUUUUCUUGCAUACUUUCUUAAUUUCUUGAUUUCUUUUCUUGCAUACUUUCUGACCCGCAUUGUACAACCACUUCUAUCUGCCCUGUAGUCUUUGAAAUGUUUGUUGUCAGCUAUCAGCAACAUGUGAUGGAACCACAUUCUAAAUUAUCAUGAAUCAAAAUGGAGAGCUAGAAUUUAACAUGAAAAGAAAUCACAGCUGGCAGAAGUGUCCUCCAUAUAAACAUCAGCAGAGCAAAAUGCAUAUCACUAGAUGUAGAAUUUGCACAGGAAUCAUUUUCUUAAAGAGUUUUGUGAGUUAUAGAGUUUCUAUUGAAGUUUCAUCCCACUUUUCAGGACUUUAUUGCCUUUGGGUUUGCUUGCCUAACAAAUAGAGCCCAGUUACAGAAUCUGAUUUACGACAUAAUGCUCUAUUAAUCCUUGAGAACCUACAUCUAUAUUACAAAUACAUAGAAAUACAAAAUUUUAAAUAUCUAUGAGACAUCGCCAUUUUACAGUCUAAGUAGCAUUCUUAAUUGAGUAGACUACAUUGUUACCUAAAUCAUGAGGUUAUUUCCUUAAUUAUCUCCUAUUUGUCAUUCUGUCAUAAAGACUGUGGAAAACUCUGUGGAUAUUGUCAAAGAUGGGGUGUGUGUAUAUUAUAAUAAACGUGUGGCAUUACA